AUGAUUAAAGAUGUGAUUGAAGAGGAUAUUAAGCAUGAUGAAAGUUAUCUAGUAGAGUCUGAGAAACUGGACAAGGUGAUUGAUAAUACACCAUCCAACCAUCAGCUAGGUGAUGAGUUGGAGAAGAGCAAGAGAAAAGAGACUGAAGUGGUGAUUACUAUGCUCCCAAAACCACCUCCUCCAUUUCCCUAUCAGUUGAGAAAAAAGGUAGAUGACAUAAAGUUUGGCAAGUUUAUGGCCAUUCUUAAGCAGUUGAAAAUAAAUUUACCAUUGGUGGAGGCAUUUGAGCAAAUGCCUGGGUAUGCAAAGUUCAUGAAAAACCUUGUUACGAAGAAGCAGAUAGUUAGUUAUAAAAUGGUGGACAAUCUCUAUCAUUGUGGUGCUAUUUCUACAAGGUCGUUGGUGCAGAAGAAAGUAGACCCAGGAGCAUUUACUAUCCUGUGCACUAUUGGGCCUCUUGAUUUCACAAAAGCUCUAUAUGAUUCGGGAGCCAAUAUAAACUUGAUGCCACUUGUUGUGUAUAAAAAACUGGGUUUGGGGGAUCCUACUCCCACAAACAUAAGAUUAGUUAUGGCAGACAGGUCUGUGAAGUAG